GCGCGUGAUGAAGAAGCAUGCUUGUGCAGUGGGCUAUCCGGCACAUGGCAUGGUGGUUCAGGACCUGGAGGGUAAGAUUGAGUGGGAGCUGGCAUCCAAGGUCAAGAGGGAGACACGCAUCCUGCAGACGCUGGCUAAGCUGAAGCUUCAGACAGGAAGUGGUAGAGGGAAGGCUAGCGUGACGGUGCAACAGCUUGUGAGCGCGAUGCAUGGUGAGAAGCUUGAUGCGCAGGUCAGGAGCAUGGCGGUGGAGCCGUUCACGGAAGAAGUCCUGAAGAAGCUUUCGCAAGAUGGCAAGGUGGCGUUUGAGGUGAGAGGUGGACAGAAGAGAUGGUAUGGCAUACAGCCUAUUGAGAUUCGUGUCUAAUUAGAGCAUGGAAAAUAUUUCCUUUACUGCCAUCAAUGUCUAUUCAAAGGCGCAGCCUCGUCGUGC